UCCAAAACUUCCGGCUUCUUCUUCUGGGAAGAGAUAAACGACGGAAAAAAAUACUACUACUGUUACAAUGAGUACGGAUAAGUUUUUAGCUGGGAUAUAGGAUAUAUGCCAUUCUUUAAUCGUUAAAAAGGUUUUGUUUAACCUUUAUUCCGCUGGUUUUCCGUGCGGGAUUAGCGAGAGGCCGUCGGCUGUCAACCACAGUAGAUUAGUUUUGCUCGAAGCGGAUUGCAGCCAUGAUGGCGUCAAGCUACAACGCUAAGGAAGAGGACGGACAUCACUCGGGCGCUUCGAACACUGGGGUUGUGAAAAGUAAAAAGCCAGACAACACAGCGUUUAAACAGCAGAGACUACCAGCGUGGCAGCCCAUCCUAACAGCAGGUACUGUGCUGCCCGCUUUCUUCGUUAUCGGACUGAUCUUCAUCCCCAUCGGUAUCGGCCUGUAUGUCUCUUCAAACAACAUCAAAGAGUUCGAGCUUGAUUACACUGGUGUUGACAUUACCAGUUCAUGCUACACCUGUGCUAAGAACUUCAGCUGGAAUAGCACGACACCGUGUCUCUGCUCUGAAGAGUUCACAUUGGACCAGCCAUUUGAGAGCAAUGUCUUCAUGUACUAUGGCCUAUCCAACUUCUAUCAGAACCAUAGACGGUAUGUGAAGUCCAGGGAUGACAGCCAGCUGAAUGGAGACCGCUCUGCUUUGACGAACCCCAGCAAGGAAUGUGAACCAUACCGUACCAGUGAGGGAGUACCCAUUGCUCCAUGUGGGGCCAUAGCUAACAGCCUUUUCAAUGACACACUUGAUCUGUAUCAUAUUGAUGUGAAUGGCACCAAAAACAAAAUUCUCCUGGUAAAGAAGGGCAUUGCGUGGUGGACAGACAAGCAUGUGAAAUUCAGGAAUCCUGGAGGAAACGCCAACCUCACUGUGGCUUUCCAAGGCACAACCAAGCCAGUGAACUGGAGGAAGCCAGUGUACGAGCUGGACACAGCAGAUAAUGAGAACAACGGUUUUAUCAAUGAAGACUUCAUUGUGUGGAUGCGCACAGCUGCUUUGCCCACCUUUCGCAAGCUCUAUCGCAUCAUCCAGAAGAAGCCAGGCACGACCCCCACUCUACCCAGCGGCCGAUAUGUGUUGGACAUCACUUACAAUUACCCUGUGCUCAGCUUUGAUGGUCGCAAGCGUAUGAUCCUGAGCACUAUUUCCUGGAUGGGAGGGAAGAACCCCUUCCUUGGCAUUGCCUACAUCACUGUGGGCUCUAUCUGCUUCUUCCUGGGUGUGGUUCUGCUCAUCAUUCACCACAAAUAUGACACCCGCAACAGCAGUGCAGAUAUUCCAAACUAAACUUUUCCUGUGUUGCAUUUUCCUGCCUCUGCAUGCAUGGGUGAACCUGAAAGGUCUGUUGUGGACUGCUUGUUGAUUUCAGCGUGAAUACACUGGUCUCUGUCAUUGUCUCUUGUGUGCUCGUGUAAGGACAGCCGGGUCUCAUCAAAGAAUGAUUUUACAGUCUGUGUGCAAACAGCUUCGGAAACAGCUGCUAAGAAUGUCAUAUCUUGACUUCAAAAGAACAUUUUUAUUUUCUAUUUAUCAAUACAUUAUAAAAGUAUAUGUGGUUUAUUUUAGCAGUGCUUUGCAAAUGGCUUAAAUAUUUGAAGGAUGUUUUUAUUUUUAAUGCAAGUUUUUGUCCCUGUUGUGUACUGUAAUAUAUCCUGCUGAAGAAUGUACCAUCUUACUUCAUUGACAUACCUCUCUAGUCUCUGAGAUUACCCUUAAUAUAGGAUGGGAUAAUCACUGCACGUGUGCUGUCUAUUAUGGUAAGCAUUGAUAUUUAACAUGAAGCAUUUAACCCAUGGAGAAUAUUAGAACACAGAUGACAAGUAGUACCAAAAGUAAGACUAUCUACCCUCUAGUGAGACUGGUUGUUUAAAUUGACUCCUCCAGUCGUGAGGCAUUAAAGAAUAGGUCUCAUGCUAAUCAAUCGUAUAUGACAUAAUCUUGCACCAUUAUAUCCAUUAUCCUUAAUUCUCAGACUCUGGGCGUUGUCUCAGACGGAUUUGAGCACAACUAUUUAUUUUUAAUUACAGCUUGACCUGUUUUAUUUGUCGAUGUUGACCAAAUGAUUUGCACUUUAAAAGUGUUACAUUUGUUAGUUUUCCCCGUGUUUCACUUCAUCUUCUGUUAUAAUGACUUAAGAUAAUUUAAAAUAAGUUAAUUUUUUAAAUUGGAGAUUUCUGGAAUUUUAUAAAGUUAUUAGGGUCCAAUUAAACAACUUGGUGAAUGUA